CCCCCCCCCCCUUCAAAAAUAGUCCUCAGCCUGUCUCCUCCUCUUCCUCUUAUUUCUCACCUCCGCCUCAAUCGCCACACCUUUCUUCCGUGAUUACGCGACUCAUAUCGCGAUAACCAGGGCGCGACUUUUGUUCGCGUUGUCGUCGUCUUGUUCUCAUCUACACACCUGCACGUCUGCACAUACUUCAAGUAUACUUACGAUCCAAACGAUAUACCUGCCCACUUUAUCCACAAGGUGGUCGGCUUCGCGCGGCCACUCAAGACACAGACCAACGCAAGGUACCCGAAUCCGACCUGGCAACCUACAUACCGCUACGACCACCCACCGCCUUCAUCAACGAUACACGCCGGCCAAACCCCCCACCUCUCGAAGCCCAAGAUCGCAUCUUGAUAACGACAAAAAAUAUUCUGCGACGCUCUUGUCACCUUUCGACUAUUUAUAUCGCGGCUUUUAUUGGGGAGGUCAAUGGUGACCGUCCAUCCUGACGCGCGCAAAGUCUGAGCCUUGUUGCGCCCGAGAUACGUCCUGUCGCAUCACCUCGAGCCAGCCCUGGUACUUCGGUUUCAUCUUAUCUCUGCGCCGCCUUGCAAGGCAUGAACGUCGGCAGCCUCAGCUCGGGCAGGUCCAGCCCGCGAAUGUCGUCGGCCCAGAACCAGCCGCUCUCUUCGAGCCAUACGAGUCCCUUCCUGAAUAACGCGACGGUGAAGCAUGCGAUGGAUGCCCCGGUCUUUGUCCCGCAAGGGCAGCAAUAUCGCGCCGCGCCGAACGGAUCCCAAGCAGCGUACCAACAACUACAAAUGUCCUCCAUGACCGCGUUCGAUCGCGACGGCGCGUCAAACCCUGGCCAGCAGGGCGCAUCUACGCUGUUGUCGUCGACCUCGGCCAUUCUCAUCCGCAAGCUACCGCUCAAAACAACCGAAGAUUCGCUGCGCUCCAUGGUCGUAUGGUCAAAGGAGUUCACCGAGGCAGAGGUUCUCCCAAUAGAAAAAUCAGAGGAUGCGGGAUUCAGAUCUGCGAUCCUACAUUUCAAAUCUCCUGCAGGUGCGCAUGAGGCGCAGCGACUCCUCAACGGCAAGCCGAAUAUUUCCAACGACGCGCAGAUGGUCGUCGAGAUAUUCCCAAGCAGUCCACCCAUGCCGAGGAAAUACACCGUGGAUGGCGCAUCAAACUCGACGUUUAACGGAGGUCCUGCAAGCAAUACAUCUUCAGCUUCAUCAGCAGGGCCAACACCGCGCCAGUCAUCCAGGUUCAACGAUACGUUUCAGACUAUGGAAAGAAUAUCGCCGACAAACACUACCCUUUAUGGGAGCAACGAACUACCAAAUCCCGAUUCAGGUACGCAUUAUCAGAGUCUCUUCUCACCGCAGUCUCCUAUCGGCAAUCAUUUGAGCGAGCGAACGCAUAUCAGUGGCAAGACACUGAUAAACAACGACACCAUGGACGAUGAUGAGACGGGUGAGCUUCUGAAAGACCCAGUCGCUUACGCAGAGAACGGAGCUGCAUCAGCUCAACCGCGGCGUGCAACAAUCCCACAGUUACCAAUUUCGAGAAUGAACAGCUUGUCGUUAAACACGAAUCACAUUACCCCGGCACCUUCAGCACCCAACUACACGGCAUCGACGCACAUGCCAUCCAUGCAACCCCAGACGGCUACCAUGUCACCUACUAUGAUGAGUAACGGCGCGCCACCGAUUCCGUACCAGCUUGGAAAUCAGCACUAUCCAAGGCAUAGCUUCCCACCUGUGAAUCCAGCAGAUCAAAACCCUCCAUGCAAUACCCUCUAUGUCGGCAAUCUCCCAAUAGACACUUCGGAGGACGAACUCAAGGCUAUGUUCUCAAAGCAGCGCGGCUACAAGCGGUUGUGCUUUAGGACAAAGCAAAAUGGGCCCAUGUGUUUCGUCGAGUUCGAAGACGUAUCAUUUGCCACCAAGGCUCUACAUGAGCUCUAUGGACACCCGUUGCACAACAGCGUCAAAGGAGGCAUUCGAUUGAGCUUUUCCAAGAACCCUCUCGGCGUCAGAUCUGGCCAAGGUUCGGGCCCACCAGGCCCUCCUGCACCUCCCGGCAUCAUGCAAAACAUGAAUGGCAUGAAUGGCAUGAUGAACAACAACAUCUCUGGGCCUGGUUUCAGCACGGCAAACGGACCCCCACCAGGCCUUGCGGCACCUCCGGGUCUUGGGCCGAGUAGGGUUCAAUACGGUUCUAUCAUGAAUCCCAUGGCUGUGACAAACGGCCACUACGGAGUAGCAUACGGUGGCGGUGCAGGGAAUGGGUGGAAUGGCCCUCCUUACAAUGGCCCCAUGGCUGCUGCCAUGAGCCAGGCGGCGACAACAAACGGCGCAAAUAAUGGCUUCCCUCCAGCCUACAUGAUGGGAAGAUAGAUGGCAAGAAGCAGCGUGGUCCUGCUGACACGGCGUUUGGGUUCGUUUUUAAUGUGGAUUUGGCGGCACAAUUAAUAAAGCAAUCUGGUGUUUAUGGGCUCGGGAAGUGCAGGACCUCAUCCCCUACCAUCCUCCUACACUGGCAUGCAAUAAUGCGGAUUUAUCUGGUCGCAUUUACACUUGGUGCAUCUUUCAUAGCGUGGCGCUUUUCGAAUCAUGAUGUCACAUACGCAUCUACAACAACGGAGCGCACAAUAUCGGCAGACACACAUUAGCACAAGGUUCUGUGGGACGAUACAAUUUUUAUGGGGGCAUGGGAUUGCAUGGCUAGCAAAGGAGUUCAAUUUUCUUUUCUCCGAUUUUGGUGUUCUGUCCUUUUCGAAACAAAUUCUUCGUUUCUUGCUCUCAUUUUUAGGGAUGGCGCAGCAGGUGAGGGACGGUGUCAACAUAAUUACCUUUUGUUUCUGCUUUUUAUUUUUGCAAACUUUUGAAAUCGUCUGUACGAUCUGGGCGCAUCAUGUGGGAUUUGCAUGUUGGGCGCAUGGACAGGCAGGCAUACCUUUUUAUUCCCCUCCUCCCUGGGGAGACACGGCUAGCUUCUUGCGCUGGGAGCAUAUGUAUGUUAAACGGAAGUGGCUGUGUGUUGAAAGCUACUCAGUCCCUUUUUAUUUGCUGCAGUCUUGUCUUGUUUUGGGUUUGGCCGGAGAAUCCGAGGGGUGCUCGGAUUCACGGCGUCUACUUUGAUUUUUUGUUUUCGAUCAUUUUAGAGUCCGGAUGCCCACAUAGCUAGGGAGUGUGCUCAGUUGAUUCGGAAUACCUACAUAUAGAUUUUUGUUGUUGCUCCAUGGCAUACUUCUGUUCGGUUUCGAUUGCAGGUUCACAUCAUCACAUCAUUUGUUGGUACGCUUUUUCCGCGACUAUUAAGUCUACCUGGUGAUACCUCUUGAGAAAGUCGCACAUGGUCGGGCACGCGCACUGGUAGCAUAACACAUGCAAUAUCAUAUCUGGCACCAGGCAGAGUGCCGCAAAUACAAGCAGUGACGCAUUAGCCGAGGCAUAUAGAUAACACUGUGCUUUAUUCGCCAGGAGACAAGACUGUAGAGAUCAUAUCCCUGUACAUAUAAUUAUGAUCUAGAUCCAUCAAAUCGCGCUCCUGAGAUUUUGUCUAUUCCAGACUCCUUCAGGCUCGCACCAACUAUCUAAGGG